GAGUCAGUCCUUAGUUUCACUAAUAAAGUGACAUGUCUGUAGAAUGUUUAGAAAGAAUAUAAUAAGCGCUACGUAAUGUAUUCAUAAUGUAGUCUGUUCGCGGCGGAGGUCUACAACAAUACGCGGAUGACUAUUUGACAAAGGUCGAAGGAAACAUUGACGGAACAGGAAGGCGGAACAAGAACACAAAGACAAAUACUAAAAGACAAUCCAUAACAACAGAUCUACCCUGCUUGUUUACACAACCUUUUGACUGUUUCCAUUUCACCAGUAAAUAAUUCACCAGAAGCGCUCAAACAAACUGCCGCCAUCGCAUGCAACCAUGUCCCUGGCCCUGAAACAAGUUUUCAACAAAGACAGGACAUUCCGGCCCAAGCGCAAGUUUGAGCCCGGGACACAGCGCUUCGAGCUGCACAAGAAGGCCCAGGCGUCUCUGAACGCGGGGCUGGACCUGAAGCAGGCUGUGCAGCUGCCCCAUGGAGAGGACCUCAAUGACUGGGUGGCUGUCCAUGUGGUGGACUUCUUCAACCGCAUCAACCUCAUCUAUGGCACCAUCAGUGACUCCUGCACUGACCAGACCUGCCCUAAUAUGUCCGGUGGACCCAAGUACGAAUACCGCUGGCAGGAUGAGCACAAGUACAAGAGGCCUACUGCCCUCUCGGCACCAAAGUACAUGAGCCUGCUAAUGGAUUGGAUCGAGGUACAGAUCAACAACGAGCACAUCUUCCCCACCAACGUCGGUACUCCAUUUCCAAAGACCUUCAUGCAGGUGGCUAAGAAGAUUUUGUCUCGUCUGUUCCGUGUGUUUGUUCACGUCUACAUCCACCACUUUGAUCGUGUGAGCCAGAUGGGGGCCGAGGCUCAUGUCAAUACCUGCUACAAGCAUUUCUAUUACUUUGUCACCGAGUUUAACCUCACCGACCAGAAAGAGCUGGAACCUCUGAAAGAGAUGACCUCUCGGAUGUGCCACUAAGGGAGCACCACUGAUCAGCUGACACAUUCCCCCACCGACGACCACGUCCGUCCAUCUAGAAGACUGCAGCAGUGAACAAAGAAAAGCAAAUCGAAAAGAGUCUUUAUUUUUGUAUUUAAGUACUGUAAUCUAUUUUAGCCAUGUAGGAUUUAGCCAGGAAUCAUGUCAUGUAUGGCAAUUUUGCUCCUUUUAAAAAUUCCAGCCUUUUUAUCAGAGCACAGUAUUAAGAGCUAUAUGUUUGUGUUGAUGUUUAGGUUUUCUUUUCGUUUGAAUCGGAAUCAUUCCAGAACUUUUCUUUAGUUGUCAUCUUUCCCAAAAUUAAUGUAAUUUGUAACUGUACAUAUCCAAGAUGUCGUUACAUUAAAAUCGCUCUCUACUCUGUUGUCCUACCCCGAGCCGUGUGGGUAGAAUUUGAUUUAACUAACCUCUUUUCUUUCCUGAAAUCAGUAGCACUGGGUUAUAUAUAUUACCUUGGUUGUAACCAACCAAGCUAUUUUUUCCCCAUUUUGUGUAAUAUUAGAACAUGAAAGAUUACCCCCUUUUCCAAGAGUCCCCAGUGGUCAGUUUUACCACUAGGAUUUUAUAGCAGUGAUUUUAUUGAACUCUUAUGAACAUACCCAAUCGUAACAUAUUCAUUCAUGCAAAUCAUAUAUAAAGAAACCUGCGUGAAUAUUUAUCACGAUUCAUUUAACAGUAUUGACCAUGGUUGAUAAUGAGAGGUUAUUUUUACUAACUUAAAAAGCUGGUAGCAUUCUUGCCUCGAAGCAAAUACGUGUUUUUUUGGCUAUGCAACAUUAACUUGAAACAAUGUAAGCUCGUGCAGCUUAUCCGAACAGAGCCAACAGUGAUGUGGUUAAAUCAAACAUGCCUCAGACAGGUAAUCAAGAUAACGUUUGGGCACUCAAAACACAGUAGAGUUGUAUCUUGCCCUCUGCCUGUGUUCCACAUACAGUAGGGGAAAUGUGUUUUCGUCAUGUCAAUUUUUUUUUCAUUAAACAUAUUUCCAGUGCUGUUAUUCACAUAAAAUUAAGACCAAACAUUGCUAUUCGUACUCAAUAUGGCAACACAGCUAAAUGAAUUAUAACAUGUCAAUCAAAAGUAUGUGAAUUAAAUUGGAAUGACACACGAAAAUUAAGUAUUGAAUGAACACCAAUGUCUGGUCUUAAUUUCACGUGAAAAGCUCCACUGGAAAUAUGUUUAAUGAAGAAAAAAAAGUUGAUGUGUUGAG